AUGUCCUAAUUCUAAGCAGAAGUCGAGAAAAAUGAAGAGGUUACUAUAUCGCUACCACAAAGUUAAAUAAAAGGCUUCAUUAAAAAUUCAAAUAGAACCAGUUAAAAGACCUUGUUGCUUAGAAAAGGCAACAGUAGCAUCAAUAAUCUAAUCAACAAUACAUUUAUGACUUCAGUAAACAUACACACUGAGAGAUAAAUGAAUCCACAGAAAAUCUCUUAGAUAAUAGAUCAAUAUGAAUCUAACUCAUCUGUUUCAUUAUCUAAUGAUAGUCCCAGAAAGAAAAUUAAUCACAAAAAAAUGACUAAAAACAAUAGUGAAAAUGAACUACAAUACUUUAAUAGUGAAAAGAAAUAGUCUUAUACUCAAAUAAGAUAGGAGAAGUUGCUCAAAGAUGUAUAAUACGUUUCAUCAUAUGCAGAGGACAAAUUCUACUAGGACUAUCACAAAUGUGAUAUCAAGCCAGGCCUCAAUUUCCUUAAAAUAUUCAUUGCAAAUUCAAAAAGAGAAAAACCUUUCAAAUUAAAUAUCAAUUUUCCAAUGACUAUCGGUCUGUUUCAUGAAAAAUUUCUUAUCUAUACAAAUGAUCAAGUUAAGGAGACUGACUUUUUAUACAAACUUCAGAAAAAAUACAAUCUCUAAAUAGAAUAAAUUGUAGAAAAAGGUUUCAAGAAUAUUGUCUUUGAAGAUAAUAUUCCUAUAAUGCUCCAUAAGAAAGUUGAAACCUACCAGCUUAACUAAACUUGCUUGACCUAUGAGAAUGUAGGAUAGCAAUAUAUUAUACCAAGCGGAUUGAGAGCCAGCGUCUACCGUUACCAUUAUUACAAUUCUUCAUAUAACACUUCCAACAAAUAGAGUUAUGUGUAUCUGCUUGCUAAUUAAUAAAUGAUAGAUCUAGCUAAUGAUAAGUUGUCUGCCACUUUGAAUUUAGAAAAUUAUCCUACCUCAACUCAGAUAUAUAAGAUUUUAAAUAUGAACUCCUUUUAAUUUGAUAAAACUGCAGAGUAAUUGGUGACUUUCAUUCAAAAACACUAUGUGGCUGAUUGGAUGCAGAGCCUUCAAAACCCUUUAAAAGGUCUAAGAAACUUAAAAUACUUCGGACAAAAUAAAAGAGAACUUUAUAAAAAAUCUGAUUAGAAAAAGCAAGGAAGCAAAGUAUAUGUAUCUGCAGAUGAAAAAAGAAUAAUUGAUAGAGAAGGCAACUACAGCAACCUUAUGCAAACUUUGUAAAAUCAAAUUCAGUUUACAAGUCACCUGAGGAAAAGAGGAGUUUUUACAUUUGAACAACAGAUUCCAACAAAUCCAAUAGCUAGUACAGAAGCUACUUCUCUCAUUUGUGAUCUAUGUUAUAUGCUAAUAGUUGCUGAGCUAGAGUUGAUUAAUAUAGAGGAGUAAUUUGCAGUUGCCUUUAAUAUUCCUUAAGCUAAGAUUUAAUACCCAUUAGACGCCAAACUAAAAGAAUCAAGCAAUACUUUUCAAGCAAGAAAAGGAUUAAUGGUGGAAGAUCUUCCCUAUAAACCAAUUUAAUGGAGGGUCUUGAUAUAUCUAAGAAACUUUGUGAAUAUAGAUAUGAAUUAAUUUCUCAAGAACUCAACUACCGAUAUCUAUGUGCAAGUUAGACUAUUUGACAAGAUUACCAAGAUGAAAUGGCUAUCAAAAGAUCAUAAUUAGAUGCUUAAUCAGAACUAGAAUUAGCUUAACUUUGUUAGACUUCAUUACUUUUUCUCUUUACCUAGUGAAAACAUAUAAAAAUUCUUGAUGGAUGGUGAGAUAGAAAUAAGGGUUACAGAUGGACCCUCAUUUUCAAAAUAGGAACCCCUUUUAGUUGGCUAGAUUCAUGCCUUUAGAAAUUUCCAUUUUAAAGAUCAGCUAAUAGAAAAGUAAAGUAUUUAUGACUUUGAAUAUCAUGACACAAAGAGAGAAUACUUUAAUGUUCAACUAUUCAGUAAGAAAAUGUCUAGCUGCUCAGUAAGUAUUGUAGUAGGAUUGAAAAAAGAUUAUGAAUCAAGGAGUGAAAAGUUACAAUUACAGAACUAACUCGGAGUUUAUGUGCCCUUGGAUGAAUACUAUAAUUGUGACCCACUUCCAUAAACUUGGAUUGAGAUGUUUGAAGAGUCGAAUACAAUAAAUAUUGAGUCAUUUAUCAACCCCGAAAAGUUAGGAGAAGAAAAUCAAAGAUAAGAAGAAAUUGAUUUAGAUUACUACCCAGUGCAGAAUUUGAUCAGUUAUGAGGAGAGAUUAGCUGAGAGUAAAGUAAAAUCAUCUUAAAAAUUUGAUCACAUUGAAUCAAAGCUUAUGAGUGAAACUUUCACAACUAUGGAGAAGAAAAGGAUUAAUCUCUUAACAAGAAUAUAAAAUAAUAAAAGCCUAAUGUAAAGAUCAGAGUUGUCUUCUGCAGGGUUUAAUUAGAGUGGAUUUAAUUCAAGUAGAAGCCAAUCAUCUGCUGAACAUCCCAAAAAAUUUUACAGAUUGAAGAAGAUAAAGCUGUAAAGAUCAUAUUCUAAUUUUGGCUUUAAGAACUCAUAAAAUGAUUAAGAUCAGCAAAAAGUAGAAUAUACAGAUUAAUAAUAGAGCGAGCUUGAUUUAAAAGAUAAGGAAAGUAAUAGAUUCGAAAAUGAAUCGUAAUCACAAGUAGAUAAUUAAUUAAUAGGCAAUGAUACAUUUUCAAGAAAAAGUCAAGUUAAACAAAUAAAAACGCUUAAAAAGAUUAAGUCACUCGAGAAGUUUCACUAAAGCCAAACGAGAUCACUUAUUCCUUAUUUGAAUACUUCAUAAGUUAAAAAUAUUAAUAAGGUCAUAGGGACAAUAAAGCAUUAAUCUGGCAUUAUGAGUUCUAGUAGAGAUUCUAUUAAUAAAGAAAAUAGUGCGAUGCUUAGUGAAUCUUACAUUAACUCAGAGAUUAAGAAAUCCCUAAACAGCUAGAGUAUACAGAUACCUAAUAGAAUUGAAAUGAUAGAGAAAUAAAAAAGGCAAAAGCUUAUUAAAGAUAUUAAAAAAAUACAGAAUAGAACAACUUUAUACAAUUAGAUCUCAGGUAUUCAUACUCAAAGAGCUAUUCCAACUAUGAAUAAUUUAUGA